CCCUGGCGCUCCCUCCCCUCCGCUGGCAAAACUUCUGUUAUUAAGCGGCUUGUUUUCCUGCGUUGCUGCUCUGUUUUGGGGGACUGUGCGUCCAGAGGAAUAAGAAUAAGAAAAAGGAAUAAGAAAAAGACCCAUGGUUCGGUUCGAUGCGCUCUAACAAGACGUCUGUUGGAUCUCCCUGGACUUCAGCUGGGUUGUAAAACAGAUUGUGCGUUAUGACGUCAGAGGAGAAAGAUGCAGACACCACGCUGGAUCCCCAGUUUAAACAAGAGAACGGCGAGGUGUACAGAAACCCCACUGAGGUGCAGAUGAGCCAGAUCGUGCUGCCCUGUCAUGCCAACCACUGCUGGGAGCUGAGUGUGGGACAGCUGCUCAAGUGGAUGGACUCCACCGCCUGUUUAUCAGCUGAGAGGCACGCAGGUUGUUCCUGUGUCACUGCGUCGGUCGAUGACAUCCACUUUGAACACACAAUAGGGGUUGGACAGGUUGUCAAUAUCAUCGCAAAAGUCAACAGAGCCUUCACAUCUAGCAUGGAGGUGGGCAUAUUGGUGACUUGUGAAGACCUUUACACCGACAGGCAGUGGAAGGUUUGCCACGCCUUUGCCACCUAUGUUUCCAGACGAACUGAAGCUGGAAAGGUACAGCUCAAGCAGGUGAUCCCUCAUACACAAGUGGAGCAGAUGGAGUACAGCCUGGCUGCCGAGCGGCGGAGGAUGCGGCUCAUCCACGCUGAGAUUAUCACAGACCUGCUGAGCAGCAGCACAGCUCAGCUGGGAGAAUGUCAGGAGUAUGAGGAUGCCGUGCCAGCUGAUAAGACACGAGUGGAGAGCGUGGAGCUGGUGCUUCCACCCCAUGCCAACCAUCAAGUCAGCACUUUUGGAGGCCAGAUCAUGGCCUGGAUGGAAAAUGUGGCUACAAUUGCAGCAAGUCGAUUGUGUAACGCCCACCCAACCCUGAGGACCAUAGACAUGUUCCAUUUCCGUGGGCCGUCUCACAUCGGCGACCGGCUGGUGCUGAAAGCUAUAGUUAACAAUGCCUUUAAGCACAGCAUGGAGGUGGGAGUUUGUGCAGAGGCCUAUCAGGGUGGAGAACCCCUGCGCCAUAUCAACAGUGCCUUCAUGACCUUUGAGGUGCUGGACAGCGACAGGAAGCCCCGCACGCUGCCACACCUAAGACCCGAGCCUGUGGAUGGAAAAAGACGUUACAAAGAAGCUAUUGCCAGGAAGAAGAUUCGCCUUGACAGAAAAUAUAUCAUCUCCUGCAAGCAAACCGAAGUGCCUUUGUCUGUGCCCUGGGAUCCAAGUAACCAGAUCUACCUUAGCUACAACAACGUAUCAGCCCUGAAACUGAUGGAUACCAGGAACAACUGGGUCUUAACUUCAGAGAAAAAUAAGGUCAGGCUGUACACGCUGGAGGAAAACCACACGCUUUGUGUGAAGGUAGAGAUAUACGUCGGCGUCCCGGCAGAGCAGGCGUUCCAUCUGCUGUCGGACCUGAGGAGGAGAAAAGAGUGGGACCGGCAUUAUGAGGAGUGCGAGGUGAUCAACCAGGUGGAUGAGGAUGACACCCUUUAUCGCGUGGUUACGCCCUCUGUCACCAAAGGGGGCAAAGGGAAAGAUUUUAUCUUGCUUGCAUCUAGAAGGAAGCCGUGUGAUUCCAGGGACCCGUAUCUGAUCGCUCUGCGCUCUGUCACCUUGCCCAAUCACCCGCCCACAGAGGAUUUCUCCAGAGGAGAGGUGCUCUGUGCUGGCUUCACCAUCUGGGAGGAGUCCAGUGCAGUCACCAAGUUAACCUACUACAACCAGGCCACGCCAGGAGUCCUCCCCUACAUCUCCACAGAUGUGGCUGGCCUCUCCUCCAGCUUCUACAGCACUUUUUCUGCCUGCAGCCAGUUCCUGGAAGCCAACAACGACAGCCAGGGUGUUCUGCCACCCUCUGCGUUUUGAUUUAAAUCCUCCUCAUACAAGCAAGUGGCAUUAGCAGGAAUAAGUAGCAUCGUUUCAUAGUUGUCGUCCUGCAUUGGAGGUGGUGAGCUCCAACAUAAGUGAUUAAAUAAGCCAUUCUGAGAUCAUGAAGCACUGUUAGUUUGUACUUUGCGGAGAUAGGUACAAAGAAAAAAAGCGCACAAAUAUUUUUAUGCCUCUUUAGUGUUUUUUUUUAGAGACAUUACUUUCUGUAAAAUGUUAUGUUGAUUCAGAUUUGUAGAUGGAUGAGUCGUAUUUUGCUAAAAGCCAGUUUGUAGCUCUCUAGCCAUGGUAUCAGAUGGUUGUUUUACUGUGACUUGUACUGUAAAGAUCCUCUAAGAUUAGGUCAAGUAUAAUCUUUUUGCGACUUUGUAUUUUAAUCUAUUUGAAUUCAAUAAUAGGAAGUUUACAUGUGCAUUUAGUGUAUUAUUGUGCUGUUUUAAUUUAAAAUACAAUGUAUAGUUGACCUUAUUUUAUUUGUAUAGAGAAAUUGCAAUGGUUUAAAUUAAACAAUAAACAUGUUAGAGCUGUGGCUUAUGUUCUCUGAA